UUAUUAUUAUUAUUAUUAGUGUAUAAAGUUGGCAUAUUUAAAAUAUUGCCACUGAAAUGAGAAAAUGUAUUUGAAUGUAAUUUGGUUUUCCUUUAACACGGACCUUGUGCACGUUAAUUUCCUUAUAUGGGCAUUUAAAUUAUACUGUAAAUCAAACUGAUAGACCAACGUCUUUGGAAAUAGUUUUUUAAAAUUAUACUACUCAAUACAUUUUUACAGUUAAUGUACACUUGAUAAAAUAUAAAUAUUAAUAAACUAUUGAUGAAAUGAAGUUAUACAGCUCGAGUUAUACAGCCUUAUUGUUUUAUGGGAAUUGAGGAUGCGCGCGAGGUGAAGUUCUGUCAGCAGGAUUAGCCUGUCAGCUUCCGGUGAGAGAAUAUCUGACCGUUAGCAGCUUAAAAAAUCUAUAUUUAACGGCAUAUUAGAUAAUAAUUAAGCGCCAUUUAUAAUUUCAGACCAUAAUGGAUGAUCAGUCCGCUUUGGUAAACUUGGACAACCUUUUGCUGCAGUUAGCUUUAGAGACUCGAGAAUUAGCCCAGAAGAAGGAUGACUUGACACAACAAAUUCAAAUUUGUAAAGUGGACAUACAAGAAAAGAAGAAAUGCAUUGAUGAAACUCAUAAGACCAUACAGAAACUAGACGAGGACAUUCAGCAAAAACAAAACACCGUCAAAUGCUACAAAGAAAAUGUGAAAAGUGUUCGUGGAACAAGUGAUCUUCUGCUUCAGUAUGAGAAGACGCUAGAAGCUGAGCUUGAAAGGAGGCAGGAAAGCUAUAAUCAAGACAUGAAGAUGUUUCAGGAAAGAAUGGAGAACUACUGGAAAAUAUUUCAGCAGCAUAAAGAGGAGUAUUUGCAGAAUCCUCUAGCCACAAAGCUCCUAAAGAUUCAGGCUGAGAAUGAAGAAAUUGAGAGAAGAAUCCGAGCCAAAGAAGAGGAAAUAAUAGCAAAAGAGAAAGAGUUGAAAGCUCUCCAAGAGAACCAUGACUUGUGUGACAGUGUUCAGAAACAUGGUGAAUCAAACGAACAACAAGCAGCACCGUCUGAGAGUGACACUCAGUGUGAAGUUGAUAUGACAUCUCAUCAAGAUCCUCAACCACAGGGUAACAAAACAGAUCAUGAGGAUGUUCAAAUUGAGAUGGAUGAGAAGGCUUCGGAGAAAAAUCAGGACCAAGCAGAUGGUGGUGAUGAGUCAAAUUCAUCUGAAGUGGGUGUAAUUGGUAGCACCAUAUGGACAAACUCAGAAAUAAGAAGUGAACAAAGUCAAGGAGCAGACCAGAAUGGACAAGAACACACAGCUGAAGUGCAGGACAUGAAUACAAACACUUCCUGUGGGUCUGAUGCACUUGAGGGGAUGAUGGAGGCUGAGGAGCAGCAGGAAAGUGCAGAAGCUACUGUGGAGGAGGGCAGUAACGAGGGAGCAGUGUGUCCCCCAUCAUCCCCCGUCCAAAUGAGAGCACUGGAUACGCCAACAUUCUGUCUAAUUAGCAGCCCCAGUACAUGUCAGGGUCACCAGGAGGGCGGAGAAACACCAGCAUUCGUUUUCUCCAUGAACUCUGGACCAAACACUCCUACCUUCUCAGGCUUCGACUGCAACUUUGAAGUGGGACCAAGCCAACAUGAGGAGUCACCUUUUACAUUCUCCAGCUCUUAUUUCAGCAAGAAGUCACCUGAAACGAAGCUGCCAGGAUUUCUGUUUGAUGAAACAGAGAGUCGUACAGAGGAAGAGUUUGCUUUUUCUUUUAGCUCUAAGAGCCCUCAGCCCAAGGAGUCAGGAGGGACUGGAGAUGCUUUCCCUUUCUCCUUCUGCUUAGGGAAAUUUUAACUGUGUUGUAGUUUUUAUUUAUUUAUUUU